AUGACCACCACCACUACCACCACUACCACCACUUCUCAAGACCCGAAAGACAACAAUGACCACCUGGUACAGUCUGCGGACAGGAAACACCCUGCAAAUCUCAUCCCAGAGCUAUGCAAGAAAUUCUGGCACUUGGGCUGGGUGACAGGAACUGGGGGAGGAGCCAGUAUCCGAGAUGACGACCUGGUCUAUCUCGCCCCCUCCGGCGUACAAAAAGAAAUGAUGCAACCCUCAGACAUCUACGUUCUCUCCAUCACCGCCCAGCUCGACCCCAAGCAGCGCAUUUACCUCCGCUCUCCACCCCACUACAAACCCUCACAAUGCACGCCCCUGUUUAUGGCCGCGUUCACCAAACGCAACGCGCGCUGCUGCAUCCACUCGCACUCUCAAUGGGCCGUACUGAUCACCUUGCUUCUCGAAAACGCCCCUUCCAAUAACCGCUUGUUUGAAAUCAAUAACAUUGAACAGAUUAAGGCAUUUGGAAAGGGUUAUCGGAAGCAGGGGAACUUAGGCUACCAUGAUACAUUGAGGAUCCCGGUCAUUGAGAAUACGCCAUUUGAGGAGGAUUUGACGGAGAGUUUGGAGGAGGCUAUGGAGAAAUACCCGGACACCUAUGCGGUGUUGGUUAGGAGACACGGCUUGUAUGUUUGGGGCGAUACGGUCGAUAAGGCGAAGGCACAGGCUGAAAGCCUGGAUUACCUCUUUCAACUUGCGGUCGAGAUGAAGAAGCUAGGUCUUCCAUGGUUGAGCGAUAUUGCUUGA